UUCGUUAAUCACCUCGGUUCCCUCCUCACAGCCGGCUGCUUAUCCAUUCGCGCUACGGAAGCAAGCGGCCACCAUGGCGCCACCGCCUCCCCCAAACCUCCGCUAAACCCCGGGGCCAUGCCCGCCGCCUCCUCGUCCUCCACCACCGCCGCCCCCCAAAAUGCCUCCUCCGCCCACGGCCACGUCGCGACCGAACCCUCCCCUCCUCCUCCUCGCCCCGCCCCGCUCCCCGCCCGCCGCGCGCCACCUCGCCCCGCGGAGCAGGCGCCUCAGCUCCUCCUCCACCACCCGCGUGGCCGUCUCGCCGUCGCCGCCGCCGCCUUCGUCGACGGCGGCCUCCGACACGAGCGCGGCGCUGCGGGCGCUCUGCGUGCACGGCCAGCUGCCGCAGGCGCUCUGGCUGCUCGAGUCCUCCCCGGAGCCGCCCGACGAGGACGCCUACGUGGCGCUCUUCCACCUCUGCGAGUGGCGCCGGGCCGCGGACGCCGGGAUGCGCGCCUGCGAGCACGCCGACGCCGCGCACCCCACCUUCGGCCUCCGCCUCGGCAACACCAUGCUCAGCAUGCUCGUCCGCUUCGGCGAGUCGUGGCACGCCUGGGGCGUGUUCGCCAAAAUGCCCCAGCGGGACGUCUUCUCCUGGAACAUCAUGGUGGGCGGCUACGGCAAGGCCGGGUUCCUGGAGGAGGCGCUCGACCUGUACCACCGGAUGCUCUGGGCCGGGGUCAGGCCCGACGUCUACACCUUCCCCUGCGUGCUGCGCACCUGCGGGGGCGUCCCCGACUUGAGGAUGGGGAGGGAGGUGCACGCCCAUGUCCUGAGGUUUGGGUUCGGGGUCGAGGUCGACGUGCUCAAUGCUCUCGUGACCAUGUAUGCCAAGUGCGGGGACGUCGGGGCUGCACGGAAGGUGUUUGACGGUAUGGCCUUGACGGACUGCAUUUCUUGGAACGCCAUGAUUGCUGGGCAUUUCGAGAAUCAUGAGCGGGAGGCGGGGCUGGAGUUAUUUCUGAACAUGCUGGAGAAUGAGGUGCAGCCGAAUCUCAUGACGAUAACCAGCGUGACUGUUGCGUCCGGAUUGCUGUCUGACCUUGAAUUUGCAAAGGAAAUGCAUGCGUUAGCAGUAAAAAGAGGUUUUGCCACUGAUGUUGCGUACUGCAACUCUUUGAUUCAGAUGUAUACUAGUCUUGGGAGGAUGGCGGAAGCAUGCACGAUAUUCUCAAGAAUGGAGACCAGAGAUGCCAUGUCAUGGACAGCCAUGAUAUCAGGGUAUGAGAAAAACGGCUUCCCAGACAAAGCUCUUGAAAUGUAUGCACUGAUGGAAGUAAAUAAUGUUAGUCCUGAUGAUGUUACUGUAGCAAGCGCUCUUGCUGCUUGUGCUUCCUUGGGGCGAGUAGAUGUUGGAAUCAAGCUGCAUGAGAUUGCUACAAGCAGGGGAUUCAUCAGGUACAUUGUAGUUGCAAAUGCACUCCUUGAAAUGUAUGCAAAGUCCAAGCACAUUGAUAAAGCGAUCGAAGUUUUUAAGUACAUGCCUGAAAAGGAUGUAAUAUCAUGGAGUUCAAUGAUCGCGGGCUUUUGCUUUAACCAUAAGUGCUUUGAGGCUCUGUUCUGUUUCCGGCAUAUGCUGGCAGAUGUAAAACCCAAUUCUGUUACUUUCAUCGCUGCUCUUGCUGCUUGUGCUGCUACUGGAUCUUUGAGGUAUGGUAAAGAGAUUCAUGCACAUGUUUUAAGGCGAGGUCUGGCAUCUGAAGGUUAUGUACCCAAUGCUCUUCUGGACUUGUAUGUGAAAUGUGGCCAUACAGGCUAUGCUUGGGCACAGUUCAGUGCGCAUGGUGAAAAGGAUGUUGUAUCUUGGAAUAUCAUGCUUGCUGGUUUUGUUGCUCAUGGACAUGGAGAUAUUGCUUUAUCAUUCUUCAACGAGAUGCUAGAAACUGGAGAGCAUCCGGAUGAAGUUACAUUCGUUGCUCUAUUGUGUGGUUGCAGUAGGGCUGGAAUGGUUAGUCAAGGUUGGGAACUUUUUCACCGCAUGACUGAGGAAUACUCAAUUGUUCCAAAUCUCAAGCACUAUGCAUGCAUGGUGGAUUUACUGAGCCGUGUUGGGAGAUUAACACAAGCUUACGACUUCAUAAAUAGAAUGCCUAUCACACCAGAUGCUGCUGUAUGGGGAGCCUUGUUGAACGGAUGUCGGAUACACCGGCAUACUGAACUUGGGGAGCUUGCUGCCAAAUUUGUCCUUGAGUUGGAACCUAAUGAUGCUGGAUAUCAUGUUCUUUUGUCUGAUUUAUAUGCUGAUGCUGGCAAAUGGGCUGAAGUGGCUAGAGUGAGAAAAACCAUGCGAGAGAAGGGAUUGGAGCAAGACUAUGGGUGUAGCUGGGUUGAGGUUAAAGGAGAUAUUCAUGCAUUUCUUACAGGUGAUGAAUCGCACCCGCAGAUCAAAGAAAUAAAUGCUGUUCUACAUAGCAUAUAUGAGAGGAUGAAAGCAUCUGGUUUUGAUCCUAUUGAAUCUUAUUCUUUAGAAGAUAAAGAAGUAUCCAAGGAUGACGUUUUAUGUGGCCACAGUGAAAGACUAGCUGUCGCUUUUGGUCUCAUCAAUACCACACCUGGCACCUCUAUUUUUGUCACAAAGAACCAGUACACUUGCCAGAGCUGUCACGGUAUAUUGAGUAUGAUUUCUAAGAUAGUUCGCAGAGAGAUAAUUGUCAGGGACACCAAGGAAUUCCACCAUUUUAGGGACGGAAGUUGUUCAUGCGGAGGUUCAGGCUAAGAAGACUAUAAUACGUGGCCAUGUGCUAAUACUCCUCAGUUCCGAAUCACCAGUACAUAACUCUUUUGCAACAAGCAUUGUGAACUUGAUAUAUGUAGUCACUAGCAAGUAGAAGGAUAGCUUCGAUACGGCAACAUGCCCACCACCAGGCUGCUUUGCUGCUUAGAUAAACAUAGCUUGUGUUUUGGGUUAUGCGUAGAAGCUCCAUGCAAAUUUACAGCUUGGUACAUGACAAAAGAUGGUGAAAAGUUAUCGGAGAUGCUGGGAAUUCAGUUCCAACAUAUCUUGACCUCACAGAAAUCCCCUGAAGUAAUGCGCUUCUUGGAGAUGAUAUUUGCUUCCAACAACUUGCCAAAAGAAAUAUCAAUUCAGAGACAGAGGUAGUAGCUUAUAUUUUGGGUUAUAUGUAGAAGCUCCAUGCAAAUUUACAGCUUGGUACAUGACAAAAGAUGGUGAAAAGUUAUCCAAGAUGCUGGGACAUAUCUUGACCUCACAAAAAUCUCUGGAAGUAAUGCUUCUUGGAGAUGAUAUUUGCUUCCGACAACUUGCCAAAAGAAGUAUCAAGUUGUAUAAUGGUGGAGCCAUUGUUUAUAAGGCGGUAAAGCGACCUAAGGCGAGCAUCACCGCUCUGACGCCGAAGCGGCCCCUAAGCGCCUAAAGCAAAUGCUUAAGUGCCUAAAGCGGACAUAUUUCUAAGGCCGCUGCCAGGGCGCCCUAUCGCUUAAGCGUCUAAAGCAGGACGCCUUACAAACAAGGGGCGGAGCUGUACUUUUUUGCAGGUUUUAUGUUAAUAAUAGUGUAUGCAUGAAACUAGGCACUUCAGUGUUUUGAGAUGACUUGAUAAUGCCAGUGUGGACUGAGUGCUAGCUCAGUGGUAGGGGCAUUGUUUAGUGCUCCCACUCAGCCGGGUUUGAGCCCUCACGGGAGCAAAUAUUACAACUGAGGCUCACACUUGUAAUUGAAAAACAUGAAGCUAAGGCAUUCAGAAUAAAAUAAAAAUAAAUUUGUGACUUGAGUUAUACUUGGACCUAAGAUGUCCAUAUACCUGGAAAAUGUGAAGGACACCUCCUCGGUGACUCAUUUAGGAACCGUCAGAAUGUUUUUUCCCUUUUGCUUUUUUGCAACCGGCAGUAUGGUUGCCGAGACUGACCCAUAUCAGAUUUUGCAGCAUAGUCUCGAACCAGUUUGGCAAGUGGGCCAAAAGUAUAUUCACAACUUUAUGUUCAUAACUGAAGUGUUAUUGGCUUCUUUCAUUUUGACAUGCAUCUCUUAUAAGUUACAACACAUAAUGCCAUAGUUUCAUCCCAUUUAUCAUACUUCAGCACAUUGUCCUGAUGGAUUAGUAUUGGCCCUGUAUUGAUGUUUGGGUCUUGACAUUGAGAUAGUUUACUGUGCUUGUGACAUGCAUCUCUUAGAAGUUUCAACACAUAAUGUAAUCGUUUCAUCACAUUUGUCAUAUUUCAGCACAUUAUAUUGAUCAGUACUGGCCCUGCAUAGAUGUUUGGGUCUUGACAUUGAGAUAGCUUGUUGUGCUUGUUUCAGCAACAGUACUUGGGCAAGACCAAACCUCUCUUAGAAGCUGAGAGCACUUUGUAUUUGAGCACAUUAUACUAGUGGAUUAAUACCGAUUUUUUCUGUGGCAAUGUAUGAAAUAUUUCUUGAGAACCCUGUGCUCAGCUACAAUAGUGACAUCCACAGAACAAAGGUAUCCAUAUAUGUUUUCUGACCUUGUUGAGUGGGGAACGACAAGCAGCUGACUGUUGUAAUCCACACCUUGGCAGCUGAUACAGUAUUGUGGAUCGCCACUUGCAAGUUUUCUCUAUAAAUUGAACUGUCCAUCGGUGUACUUUUAUUGUACUCUGUAAUUCUGUACACUUUAACUCUUGUGCCUGAAGCUGCUGCUAAAAUCUCAAUACAACCGCUACACAAUGCUACUGUCUAACCAUAUGUAGAGUGUACAUGCAGACGGAAUCUUUAUCAGGUUGUACCCUGUGAUGCUUCUUAACACCUAAUCGAACUUGAGCAGGUCCUUUGUUCUUAAAAAUCAAGUGAAUUUUUUAUUGUCAAGAGAAAAAACUCCAUUUACUUGUCAAGUCAUGGUGUUUGAUGCAACCUGUAGGUUUAAUAACGUUGUUGCAUUGGCUGGUUCAGGAUCUUCGACCAACCCUUGUACUGUCAAGUGUCAACUGUCAUUGAAUUAUGCCAUCUUGUUGAUCUUGCAGUUGAUGAAUCAUGUACUGAUUCUGAACCUUUUUCUUUCUUUUUUUCAGAUGCAUGGGGAGAAUUAUCCAGAAACCACCAACACUUUGCGCCGCCACCAGAGUUCGUCUGUGUAUGAAUGCACAUCCCAUGCUUUCAGGUGAUGCUCCUGCAGUCCUGUUUAACAUCAGAUCGUCCUCCGGCAGCCGCAAUUCAUCCACAACACAGGUGAUGCUCCUGCAGUCAUGUUUACCAAUACAUCCUUGACCGAAAUUAGUUGUCUAUAAAAAACUGUGGCAUCAAGAGGCAUGUAUGUAACAAACAAGCAGUAGUAUUAGGGAAACUCAAGAUAUUAUUAGGCAUAUAGUCCAGACAUGGAAACCCCCCCAACUGGACCAACUACUCCCUAAUACUAUCAGAGUAACAACCAGGGAAACCAAUACACAACUAAACUGCACAAUCUAUUAUGAUUUCUACACAAUUGGAAGGCCACGGGCGCACCGCAGCCGUCUAGUGUCCUCUACAUCGAGGGCGGCUCAGCCUGGAUGUACAGGCAACAAUAAAUGGUGGAUAGGAAUCCUGGCAUGGAAGAAGAAGGAUGGAAGAUUCAGCAGCACACGAGAGCAUCGAUUGGCCUCCUUUUCGGGUGAGCACAGCGCGCCGCACCGUAUGAUCAUCAUCAUCAUCUGGGGGGAAACAAGUUAAUGCAUCCCUAACCCCGUGGCUAUUCAAUGGGUUUAGGUUAGUUAGCAGGACCCGUAUUCCACAUGGAACGGGAGGGAGAAGGGAAAGAGAGGAAUUGAAUGGGGGCAUGCCAUGCCAUGCAGAUUAUGCAAGCAAGCACAUCAAUUGCAUGCUGGAACAGUUGGUUGUUGCUGCUGCUCCAAUCCAUGUUUGUUCUUGUAUCCUCUUUUUCAUGAGCUUCUAGAACGUCUUUUUUUGUGUGUGUGUGUGGUUGUGACUUGUGGGAGUACAUGCAUUCCACCCAUUUUAUUGUCUAGGGCGGUUGGCAACAUUUAUGGGUUGCUGAUUCAUGCAUUGUAGUAGUAGUACUAGAAUUGAUGUAGGAGGAGGCGCGUUAGUUUUGUUUGGCCUGAUCACUUCUUAUUUUAUGUCUGACAAAUUUGUGGUGAUUUUUGCACACACACACAAAAAGAAAACACUUUAUACUCUAGGGAAGUUGGCAACAUUUAUUGGUUAUUGAUUCAUGCAAUGUAGGAUUGAUGUUGGAGGUAUGUUAGCUUUGUUUUGGCCUGGUUUAUUUUUUAUUUCAUGUCUAUAAAUUUGUAGUAAUUUUCGUAAAAAAAAUUAAAAAAAAUUGUGGUGAGACAAGGAGUUGGAUUGCUUUUCCAAGUACUCCCUCCGUUCCUAAAUAUAAGUCUUUCUAGAGAUUCCAAUGUACACUACAUACGGAGCAAAAUGAGUGAAUCUACGCUCUAAACUACGCCUAUAUACAUCUGUACGUAGUCCAUAUUGCAAUCUCUAGAAAAACUUAUAUUUAGGAAGGGAGGGAGUAGUAGUAAUCCUUAGCUCCAAAUAUUCGGUUCCCCUCAGAAUCUAGUAGGAUUCACGGAGGGGGGAAAACACAGCUUCUGACGGAUGUAAUUUUUGUGAUAUAAAUGUUCUGUCGCCAGACACCAGGCAUCAAUCGAGUGCAAGAAAGAAGAAGUAUGAAUCAGUCCUUCCGUUGGUGCUGGAAAACAUACUACUGUAGUUUCUCUUCAAGUCCAAUGGAAUUAAAGGAAGGAAAAAAAUGUCUAGUCCUUUUUGGGGCCGCUGUGUAUUUAUUUCUGCCCGGUACUACUACAGUUUUUCCCUUUUUGCGAGACAGUGAAAAGUGACCACGCACUAGGUACUACUACCAAGCUUUGAUUUGACAGCCGGGCCGGCAUCACUCAGUUCUUGGACGGAACACGUAGGUAAAUCGUGACCUUGGAAACUGCCGUACCAAUUAAGCCCACAUAGUUCCGAACCCAAGAUCGCUAUCGGCCAAGCGUAUAUUUGUCUCCGGUCUGGGUUUAUUACGCGUCGAAGUUUGGCCGUCGAUUUGACUAGUAAAAUGUAAGUUAUAUGUCAUGAAGGUUGUACGUUCAGAUUCAUAUUCGAACCAAGUUUCCAAUGGUACUAUUUUUCUGACAUACUACUUAUAUUUUGCUAGUUAAAUUUAUUGUCAAAGCUUUACUCAAAAUAUGAGGGGAACUUAUAAAUCCUUGAUUCAGAUACUCAUUUAGUCAGAUGUUGAUUUGAACCCCAAGAACUUAGUAGGAUUUACUAUUUUCAGAGAGAGAAAAAGCUUGUGAUGAAUAUAAUUUUUGAAAAAUUAUGUAUAACUAGAUUCACCAAACAUCAGCUGGAUGCAAGAAAGAAUUAAAGGAAAGAAAAAGUCCAGUCCCUUUCGGAGCGUUAUGUAUUUAUUUGCGCCGAGUACAAUUGACAGAGAGACGUGACCACGUACUACUAAGCUUUGAUUUUUUUUUGCGGGUGGUACUAGAUUUUUUGUCCAAAAGGACCCCCUGCCGAGAUGAAUUGACAAAAAAGACUACCUCUAGAUCAUUUUGACAAAAAGGACCCCCUCAGCGGUGGCGGCAGGCGCGGCAGGCGACACGUGGCACCUGCCGCCACGCCAGGAGGCGGCUGGCCCGGCCGCCACCGCAGGAGGCGGCCACGCCAGCCGAACGGAAUCUCCACUGUGCGUCGCGCCGCGACGGAACGGGGCGGGCCAGGUGGGCCCGGCCGCCACCGGGCGAGGCGGCCAGCCCUGGCGCAGUCGCUGCCUGGGCGACAGGCCCUGAUGCGAGCGGGCCCCGCCGGUGGGCCUCGCCGCCACUGGCUGAGGCGGCCACCCCUGCUGACAGCAGCUGGUGCACGCUGACUGUGCACGGAAGGCGAGGUCCUGGCACUGAUUCCCACGCGCGAAAACUGGCGGGGCGGGAAUCACUCUGGCUCGUUGUGUUGUUUUUGCUGAUUCCGACGCGCGGCAAACGACGAAUUUCACGGGCGAAAAUCACUCUGGCUUGUUGCUUUGCUUUUGCUCCUUGCAUGCUGUUGCUGAUGAUGUUGAUUUUCACGCGUGGGAAUCCGAGGCUGCCGACACUACAGGGAUCCUCUCCCUUUUAUAUGCCAUGCUUUAGCUCCGUGCGCAAGCACUCUGUAACCUCGUUCCUCUCCUUUGCUUUCUAAGUCUCUAAGUACAGAGAGAAAAGAAAGCUCAGUAAGCACUUUCACUCGUGAUUUAGGGCGAUUUAGAGUUGGAUUUGGAGGAUGAUGAAGUUGAAGAAAAGAUAGAUUAAGGUAGGAGAGGGAUAUGCUCAGGACACACCUGAUGUUAAUUGGGGUGAUGAGAACACCCAACGCGGCGUCAACAUAGGCCUCCGGGGAGCAUCACAUGAUCAUGGCGUCAACACAGGCCUCCGGGGGAGCAUCACAUGAUCUUGGCGACACGGUUACGUCAUUAGUUACAGAGUUCUUCGGAGGGGACGUUAUUGGCCCAUCUUUUAUCCCCCGGAGUCACAACCAUACGCCUACAAUUAUGCUUCAGGUUCGCAACAAGGAUUCGCGACUCCACCACCUACGCAGGACUCGCAGACACAUGAAGCCGAAUUGGAGUACGACCGCGGUCUUCGUGUGCCCCGGCCACCUAAUCGCUUGUCGCCUUCCGGUCGUAAGGAAAGGCCAGGUGGUCGUCGUUAAGUAGGGUGAUUCAUCUAUGCACGUGCGCGACCCAUUGUAUCUACAUAUGUGUGUAUCAGACUUUUCAAUUUGAACAUCUAUGUAUGCUGAAAUAAAAAUGCACCGGUCAGGAACAA